AGCACCAGCAAGCCCAGCACCGCCUCCAGAGUGUCACGGCUUAAUGUUUAACAGAGCCCCGCACCGUGUGUUGUAACCUACAAGUUAGUCAGCAGUGACUCCCCUGGCCGCCCCCACUUGUGGUCAGUGAUGAGCUUAAAGUUGCCGAGUGGGGAGUGAAGAGCAGAUCAGGGUCCCUGGGGCUGUAGGAGGAGACUAAGCAGCUGUUUGUUUUGCUUAUCAGCCCUGCGCUUCAAACAAAACUGCAUUUUUUAAAUCUGAGGAAGGGCCAUGGCGGACACCUCUGCAUGUAAAGACUUUUUUACCUAUGCAGUGUUACCUGAGCUGGAGCCCAGUCUGGCCAUCAAGGUCUUCAUCACGCUGUUGUAUGUUGUACUGCUGCUGGUUGGCAUCAUCGGAAACGGGAUCACCAUCAAGGUCACGCAGGUCCUCAAGACCAAAGGCUAUCUGCAGAAGAGCGUUACGGAUCACAUGGUAAGCCUGGCCUGUUCAGACAUCCUGGUGCUCCUGCUCGGUAUGCCGGUGGACUUGUACAGCUCUAUAUGGUAUCCAUUCCUGUCUGCCGCGGGUAAUGCCAGCUGCAAGAUCUACCAGUUUCUCUUUGAAACCUGCAGCUAUGCCACCAUCCUGAACGUGGCAACUCUCUGCUUUGAGCGCUAUGUGGCCAUCUGCCAUCCUUUCAAGUACAAAUCCCUGUCGGGCUCCAGGACCAUCAAGAUGAUUUGUUGCGUGUGGCUGGCGUCCGUCUUCAUUGCCCUGCCACUGCCUUUUGCUAUGGGUGUGGAGGACCCUUUAAAGCCGAUCCCGAACUUCAAUUACACAAUUAAGUCACGGCGCAGGCACACGAACUGCUAUGUUAAAAAUUCUAACUUCAGCAUCUGCACCAACCUCACCUCCAUGUGGAAGGUCUACCAGUUCAGUGUCUUCUUUGCCUUCAUCGCUUACAUUGUGGUGCUGGCCUCUGUCUCCUUCAUGUGCCAUAAGAUGAUGAAUGCCUUGAAGGCCACCCUGGCGGGCACGGAACGGGAAUCCAAAUCUGAUGGGAAGCAUGAGAGUCAACGGACCAGGGCAUCAAGGAAGCAGACCAUCAUUUUUCUAGGAUUAAUUGUUGCGGCUCUAGCUGGAUGUUGGAUGCCAAACCAGAUUCGACGGAUCAUGUUAGCCGCAGUGCCCAAGACCGAGUGGACUCUUAAGUACUUCAGGGCCUACAACAUCAUCCACUACAUUGCAGACUGUUUCUUCUACCUCAGCUCUGUUCUUAACCCGUUUCUCUACAACCUCUCUUCCAAGUAUUUCCGGCAGGUGUUCCUGCAGGUUUUACGAGGUAAAGUGACCAUCGAGCACGUCAACAAGAAGGCAUUGGACUCCACCUACUCCAGGCGCCCUCUGCUUAUCUCCACCUUGAGGCGCAGCUUUUCCAAAGCUAAGCAGAGCAGACGCCACAAAGAGAAUGCAAGGCCAGAAGGGGACAAGGAAACUCCUCCAACAGAAGAAAACAUUGGGCUCAGUGACAAAACGUCUUCAAAGAGUGAACCUAAUGAAAUCGAAGUCUGAGUGUUAAAAAUCGAAAAUGUAUAUUUUAACUUUUAAAAAAAAAUAAAAUGACCGUGCAAAUAUUUAGCGUUUCUGAACAGAACAAUGGACAGUAAACGAAGACAUUGUAUUGUCGAUGCGGCAAAUUUGUAACACAACGUUUUGUGUUCCUUUGCCGUCAUAUAUCAGCCGGACGCCAUCAUGUAUUCUACCUAACCUGUAAAAGUAUCUAAUUGGGGAAAAACAAAAAAUACAAAAGUGCAACUAAAAAAGAAGGGACCGACUUAGAAUGGCCUAAUUGUUAAAUGUAUAGCGAUGAGCAAAACUUGUAAGUUUUCGAAGUGCAAUAAAAAUUCAUUUUGUUAGUAAUUUAGCAAUUGAGAAGCACACAACUCAUUAAAUUUUCUUUACUUUUUAGAG